AUGGCUCCAUUUCAAGACUCUCGUCUGAAGAAGCUAUUUUUUCUGUAUGUUUUCUCACUCCUUUUCAUCACUCCUUCACUCAUUUCAGCUCAUUACCACCAAAACCCACCAAAGAGAAGUUUGUUAGAGUUGAAAGAAAAUGAAGAUCAGCCAAUCACGAACAAGGUCCAGAAAAUCUCCUCCAAGAACAACCGAACCAAACUCGUCAAGCCCACUUCCAAUUCAUCCAAGAACCAAACCAAGCCCAUUAAAUUCCCUUCUGAUCCAUCGUCCAAGACCAACAAGACCAAGCCCACCAAGGCGAGCCUACUUGAACACCCAGCGCCGCCGACCAAGCUCAAGAAACUCAACUCCACUUCCAAAUCAAACUCAACUUCUCUUUCAACCAAGAAAACCUCAGAUCUAUCUGCCAAGCCCACUACAAGCAAGCAGACAAAAGCCCAGAAAAAUCAGCCCAUUUGGACUGAAGCCGACGACGACGACUUGGUUGCCGGAUUUAGGGAUCUGCCGACAAAAUUUCAACAAUCAAUCGUUCCAGACUUGCAGAAAAUCUCAAAAACUUCUCAAAAUUACAUCACAAAAUACAACAAAGAAUUUACCAAGGGAUUCAAACCUUAUUUCGGCCAUAAAUACGCUUCCGCCAUUGCUCCUUUAGCCUUGCUUGCUUUCGUCUUGAUCCCUCUGAUUAUCGUGUCGCUCAUUUUCAGCAAAAUCAGAGCCUAUUUUUCUCUCCAGAAGCUCUUGAUUUUCAUCCAGGUUUAUCUAGCCAUUUAUUUCGCCAUCCUGGGCCUGUCGGCCUUGGCCACAGGGCUCGAGCCGCUGAGGUUUUUCUACUCUACGUCGCGGUCCACCUACGUGUGCGUGCAGGUUCUGCAAACGCUGGCUUAUGUGGUGUAUCUGCUGAUCUUGUUGAUGCAUCUGAUUCUGGUGUUCUCGACUAAGGCUGGGCCGGUGACUAGGCUCUUGGGCCUGGGCCAGACUUUCGUGGGUUUCGCGGUUGGGCUUCAUUACUACAUGGCGGUGUUCCACAAGGCCGUGCUGCAGCAGCCGCCCAAGAUUAGUUGGCGGGUGCACGCGAUCUACGCCACGUGUUUUCUUUUGAUUUGUCUGUUGGGUAGAGUUGACAGGGAUACUUGGAGAAAGUGCUUGCCUACAAGUAGGCAAUCCCCUUCACCAGUUUCUGUGGAGGUGUUGGAAGAACUGCUCAAGCAAAGAACAAGCACUCUAACGGUGAAAGGUUUGGAUGUGGAUGCACUCUUUAUUUUCCACAUUCAGGUUAACCAGGCCCAGAAGCAGAGGCAUCGGACAUAUCGUGCUCAUGGACAAAUCAAUUAUAUGUCAAACCUUUUCUUUUAA